ACAGCCGGAGCUGGGCGGCGGCGGGCGCUGGCUGUGGAGUGUGGCUGAGUCCGAGACGGCGGCGCAAUGGAGGGGCUGGAAGAAAAUGGAAGUGUCCAGGUUGGAGAAUUGUUACCUUGCAAGAUUUGCGGAAGAACAUUCUUUCCAGUAGCGUUAAAAAAACAUGGACCCAUUUGCCAGAAAACUGCCUCUAAAAAACGGAAGACUUUUGAUUCAAGCAGACAAAGAGCUGAAGGAACUGAUAUUCCAACAGUGAAACCUCUUAAGCCUAGGCCAGAACCACCAAAGAAACCAUCUAAUUGGAGAAGAAAACAUGAAGAAUUCAUUGCCACCAUAAGAGCAGCUAAAGGACUCGAUCAAGUACUUAAAGAGGGUGGCAAACUUCCACCUCCUCCUCCACCUUCCUAUGAUCCUGAUUAUAUUCAGUGUCCAUAUUGUCAGAGGAGAUUCAAUGAAAAUGCGGCUGACAGACAUAUAAAUUUCUGUAAAGAACAGGCAGCACGUAUAAGUAAUAAAGGAAAAUUUUCUACUGAUACCAAAGGAAAACCAACCUCUCGGGCACAGUAUAAGCCACCUGCAUUUAAAAAAUCAAGUUCUCCUGGAACCACGUCGUCAGGAUCUUCACGAUUACCGCAGCCCAGUAGCACUAACAAGUCUGUUGUAGGUGUGCCUUCAGGUAAAGUGUCUUCAGUUAGCAGCUCUUUGGGAAACAAACUUCAGAGCUUAUCUCCUUCCCAUAAAGGGAUAGCAUCCCCUAACGUAGGAGCUAACAUCAAAUCUCGAAGUUCCACACCACCGAGUUUGGCAAGAAAUCCUGCCUCAGGUGUGCCUACAAGCAAAAGAAAAACAUAUACUGAGAGCUACAUAAGCAGGCCAGAUGGAGACUACCUAUCUUCACUUAAUGGUGGAAACAUUAAAAGCAGUGAAGGAAAUUCAUCCGGACACUUACCAAAAUUUUGCCACGAGUGUGGGACCAAAUACCCUGUAGAAUGGGCCAAGUUCUGCUGUGAGUGUGGCAUUCGAAGAGUGGUUCUGUGAAUGAAGCCCGAGGUCCAGAGUUGUACGACAAUAGCUGCUUGGAUGCUAGAGCACUCCCUUAUUUUGUGCUAAAAACAUUCAAAAUACCUUUUUCAGUAACUUUUGGAGCAUAAUCCUUUGGCUGUGUAAUGCGUGUAUAUAUAUAUGUGUAUGUAUACUGUAUAUAAUAAGUGCCUGAUACCCCAUUCUGGAAAUGUUCACUUAAGCUGUCAGAAAAUAAUUUCGGAUGGAAUCAUUGACUUAGACGUGAACUUCUCGGUGGUGGUGUGAAAGCACGUUAAGUGACUUCCCCAAACUCAGACUCUAGUCUUAGCCCUGCACUCUUUAGGAUAAUCGUUAUGGAGCAGAAAAAUCAGAGUUAUUUGUUUUUAUCGGUGCCUGUCUUUGAAUAGUAUCAUAAUAGGAUGGGAUGUUGGAAUUUUGUAUUUGAAGAUAAUAUUUUUAGUCACAAAUAGUCAUGUGAGAUCAUCUUCCUGCGGAGCUCUUGAACACCUGAUUUUAUGAAUCUUAAAAAAUGCGAGCCAAAAACAAAAAAAGAUGAGGUCUGUUUUCCUUUACUUAGUGUAUUAUUAGUUAAAUAAUUUAAAUAUUCUUACUUAUUUUUUGAAAAUGUAAUUAUGCACUUUCCUUUUCAGAUAAACAAAUGAAAGCACAAAUGUAUCUUCUGUUUAUAACUGAUUUUUAAUUCUGUGCAUGAGUUAAACAUAGAUUCUUUCUACCUUUGUGUCUCUCAAUUUCACAUUUUUCCUUCUUUCCCUAACCUCGUGUCUGAAUAGUGGUCUUAAUAUACUAAUUCGUUGGUUGCAAAAUAUGAAAAUAUAAUUAUUUAAUGUACAAUGCACAAAAUUCCUUGCAGAAUCUUACAUGUUGAAAAAUGUUUUCUUUCUAUAUGUCUGAAUUUAAAAGAAAUUAUUUUAACAGAUUUUAAAAUAAAUCACCUCAGCUAAUAAAUAAUAAUUGUGGAAAUUAAUCAUUAGUGCAGGGCAUGCAGGUAAAAAGUAUUUGAAUUUUAGUCCCUUGAAGUACAGUUGGAUGUAGCUAUGAGGUUAUCAGAAUGUCUAAUUUUUCCGACUCGUAUUUUCUUCUGUAGUGUUUAGUGUUGAAACACCAUUUAAAUUACAAUAAAAAGCCACUGAAAAUGUAUUGUUAUAGUGUGUAGUUGAUUUGUUAUGUAAUUAAACAUACACAAACAUUACAUUAUAUUACAGUUUCUCCUUAACUUUGACUAAAAUUCAGCUUUUAAAGUCAUUGUCAUUCACAGUGCAACAACGUUUAGUAAUGGAUCUCUUUGAUUGCUUAUGCAGCCAUAUUCAGUAGUUCUCCAGCAACUUCUGGUCAACCCUAAGAGUGCUUGGAUCUUAUUUUCAAGGUACAAGCAGAUCUUUUGUAUUUUAGGCAAUUGCUAAUUCUUGUUUAUGAUUGUAAUGAGCUAUAAGGAUCAGCAUAGAAAUUUGUGGCUUAGAAUGUUUUAACCCUGAAAUUUAUUUAUGCUUAUACUUUAUAAUUUUAUUUAUUCAUUGGUACAUUUUUUUUUUUAAGUUUGGGCAAGGGAGUAUAGACUUAGUGGUAAUGGGAUUGUCUUUUGAGAUGCCUUCUGAUUUCUGAUUUUUGUUAGAUGGCUUUUGUUUGUUUUUUCUGGUUAUCGUUAAUCAUACUGGUCCAAAAAAUCAAUCAAUCAAACAAAACUGGUCCAACAACUAGAAUAAACUGUAAUAAAUUCAGGAGACUAGUGUACAUAUCAGAAUUCGAUUUCAGUAAGUUCUGUUUCUUGUCCUAAUUGUUAUAACUCGUAUGAAGAAGAAUGGUAAACUGUUAUCUAGAUCUAAGCACUGUUUUCUCUCAAGUACUGCUUUUAAGGCCACAUGCUUUUUUGGUCUGCAAAGGAAGAGUAGAUAAACGAGUGUGAAUUAAACUGGCCAGAUUUGUUUCUCGCCACAUUUUACAGUAGCAAAUAAAUGUUUAAAUGUACUACAUGGGAACUGAGUUGGUAAGAAAUCCUCUAGUUCCAGAUCCCAGAGAUUAUUAUAGACAAUGAGUAGGUGAACUAUGUAUGAAUUAUGAAAUGUGUGACACUGUAUUUAUAUGCAUUUUUGUAUUAUUUUCACAUUAUCCUCACAUUGGUUUCUUGUGCAAUAGUUCGGUUUUUAAGAAAUUUUCCUAGAUCUGUGUAUGCAUCAUUUAUUUUCAAAGGUAUUCGUCAGUGUUGUAGAAUAAAAAAUGAUUUUAAGCUUAAAUUUAAAAUGUAAAAAUUGCUUAUAUAUUAUUCUGAAAGCUAUUGGCUUGAAAAAGUAAGAUUAUAGUGUCUACUGUUGUCCCUUGUUCACUAUAUAUAUUUUUUAUUUACAAAUAAUGUCUUCAUUUUUGAACCUAUUCAAUAAAGACAUGAAGCAUAAAAAUGCCACCUGGUAUUCAUUGGUGUCUUUUUAGCCAGCCUUAUGUAGAAAGAUAGGAACACACUAAAAUAUGAAAAAUAAAUGCUGAAGUGAAAAAUGCAGAUUUUUCUGUGAGAAAGGUUUUCAUCGCCAGUUUUUUUAAUGACAUUGGCUUAUUAAGCAAGUUAUUACUAUUUUAUCGGACUGAAGUGUUUUAGAACUUUAAAGUAUUCUAUAAAUCACACCUAACAAAGUAUAGAGAUGUUUUUCCCACACGUUUUUUAAGGCACAGAAGCAUUCUCUCAUAGCCAAUAUGGUUUAGCAUUUGAAAACAUCAGUGACAUCAAUGCUGAUGGUAAAUAUUAUGGAUGUUUCUAGCUAAGUAAUAAACAGUUUAAUGGCAGAAAGCUAAAAGUUUGUGAUGAAUAUUAUUUAGACUACUCAUACUUAAAAUUGUAAAAAGUAGCUAUCUCUAGUGAGAAUAUGACCAGAUUCAAAAACCGAACCACAACCGUUGCCAUCCAGUUAACUCCGACUCAUAGUGACCCUAUGGGACAGAAACCACCACUUCUUUCUCCCUGGGAGCGCCUGGUGGGUUCCAGCCGCCCACCUCUGGUCAGUCCCCGAGCACUGGAACCAUUGUGCUGUUGCCAUACCCAUCGAGUUGAUUCAGACUCAU